AUGGCGGGGUCCGUUACCGACGAUCGCUCACGUGUCCUCGAAGAGAACGGACUCUGGGAGACAUUUGAGACGCUAAGGCGCGCUCGUCUACCGAGUUCGUGUCUCGGGCACGUUGCAGAUCUCACGGAGGUGUUGGCACUGCCGUUCCGUCCGCACUGUCGAGCCGGCUCACUUCUGGAAGUUGCGCUGCAGCUGGAGGCACACGCUGGUGUACCGCUUGCCGCCUUCGAUCCGCAGCUACUGCAGUCGAUCCGUCUGAGCGAGUUGCUGCCAGAAGGUUCCCUCUCCGGUGCAGAUAAGCCCAGCACUGGCAGUGACACGACGGAGCUGGCUAGUCUUGCGGUUUGGCAACCGGCGUGGCUCGAGGAGCGCCAGCAACCAGAGUAUGCACCACUACUGAAAACCAGACGACGGCGACUUCGCCAGCUCGAGCGACAUACGCAGGCAUAG